AUGUCUUGUAAAAAGGAUAAUCGAAUGGAUAAGCUAUAAACGAGACUAAAGGAGCUUGAGGAAGAGAACAGAGUAUUGAAACAAGAAUAAAAUCAAUUAAUAUCUACUUUAUUAAAAUAAUUGAGUGAAUUAUAAGAAUAAAAUAGGGAAAUCUUAUAAAACAAUAAGAAUAAUGGAACUAUCUUAAAUGAAUUAAAUAAAAUUUGUGGAACCAAUCAAACUAAUAUAGAUUUAUUGUUUUUAGAUCUUAAUCAUAAAAUUUAAGAUUACAAAUAACAAUUAGCAUUACUAGAAAGAACUUGUAAAUAGUAUGAAGAAAUAGUAGUACAUUAAAAUAAAUUGAAAGAAAGAACUUUAAAGAGUGUUUCAUCUUAGAAUAUUGUGUAUUAUAGUAAAAAGUAAAGUAUGGAGUCUUUGGAUUGUCAUAUAAAAUUAGAAUCCUAACUAUUAGAUGAAGAAUAAUCAUUGUUGGAAUUGUUAGAGAUUCCAUAAGCUAAUAAAUUGUGUUUAAAAAUUGACUAAUUAGGUCAGUAGAUAAUAGAGAAACUAAGGGAUUAUAGCUAAAAACGGGAUAGUAGACAUAAGUUGGUGGAGUAACUAAUACCUCUAAAAUAAGCACUGUUACUAUGA